AAAUUAAUUCCACAGUGACGUCAUUUCCGUAAAGUGCUCCCGUUGGCUUCGUUAAACAGAAGGUAGAGAAUUAUUAACGCAGAGUGAGGGCUAACGCCGUUAUAGUGAAUACUCACCUUGAGAUGGUUUUCAGAUAUCUUUAAUUAACAGCGACCCUCUGGUUUGUUUUCUUUGGGCUGACAAAAGGUUUACUAGUCUCUUCUUGCCGCGCAAGAACUGGGAUGCGCUGCCGUUAGCCUGUUAGCUUUCGCGUUAGCUUCCUGAAGAGCGCUGUAUUUACGACGGGACCAAGCACACCAGACGGUGCAUUAUGACGGACAGCAUCAUGAGUAAAGCCGCUACAAUGGAGAUUCCUAUUAACAGUAAUGGAGACACAGGAACACUACCAGAAGAUGACAGCCUUGAACAGGACCUACAGCAGGUGAUGGUAUCUGGUCCCAAUCUGAAUGAGACUAGCAUUGUUUCUGGAGGCUAUGGAGGAACGGCAGAAGAAAUUAUCCCCACCAGCUCUAUCAAAGGUUCCAACAUGCACCACAGCAACAGCAGCUUGUCAAUGACGGCAGAAGAAGCCACCCGCGGUGUGGCUGUGGAAAAACUAGAGUAUGUGAGGAAAUGGGGUCUCAACACUUACAAGUGCACAAAGCAAAUGAUCUCGGAGCGUUUUGGACGGGGUUCUCGGACAGUGGACCUGGAGUUGGAGGCUCAGAUUGAGGUGCUGAGAGACACCAAGAGGAAAUAUGAGAACGUGCUUCGAUUGGCCAGAGCCCUGACCAACCAUUUCUACAACAUGGUGCAGACGCAGCAUGCGCUGGGUGACACCUUUGCGGACCUCAGCCAGAAAUCUCCAGAGCUGCGGGAUGAGUUUGGCUACAAUGCAGAGACUCAGAAGCUGCUGUGUAAGAACGGGGAGACUUUACUUGGAGCCGUUAACUUCUUUGUGUCCAGCAUCAACACAUUAGUCAACAAGACUAUGGAGGACACGCUAAUGACGAUCAAGAUGUAUGAAAAUGCAAGACUGGAGUUUGAUGCUUACCGGUCAGACCUUGAAGAGCUGAGCCUGGGUCCAAGGGAUGCUGUAACCAUGGCACGUAUAGAUGCUGCUCAGCAGCAGUACCAAGUCCACAAGGAGAAGUACGAACGUCUUCGCUCCGAUGUGACCAUUAAACUCAAGUUUCUUGAGGAGAAUAAGGUGAAGGUGAUGCACAAGCAGCUCCUCCUCUUCCAUAAUGCCAUCUCAGCAUACUUUGCCGGAAAUCAGCAGCAGCUGGAGCAAACGCUGAAGCAGUUCAACAUAAAGUUGAGGCCCCCGGGGGCCGACAAGCCCUCCUGGUUAGAGGAGCAAUGAGCAGCCGUACUGGGCGUCCUUCAGCUUCUGUCUCAACCACCUCCACCUGUUACCUGUUGAAACCCCCAACUUAAAGAGGACCACUUCGGAGAGAAAAACACUGUCAGUGUGGUGGGAGAAGACGUGAGAUGUGGCUGGAUGACUGGACUGGUGUAUCACAGGGUUUGAUUGGUAAAUGGGCUACAUGCAACAGGAAACCAAGUGGCCAGUUUUCUGAACAUUCAGGGGGCUGUUAGUGCCUCUUUCCCCCAACUUCCUCUCUCUACUUCAACCUCUCUUUGUGCUAUGGUCCCAGACGAACUGUUCACCUGUCCCUCCCCUCUCCUCUACUUUACUCAGCCGCUUUCCUUUCCCUAUCUUAACACUACUUUGCUGUGUGAGCUUGUGUUAGUCAUGGUAAUUGCCAUUAUUGUACUCCAAAAGUGCUCCCAGUGAUCUGAGGUAAACUUAACCCGCACUCCAUCUUGGCAUCAGAGGCUGGUGGGGAAACAAGGAAAAUGGUACAACCAUGUAAACACAGAUGUAACUAAACACUACUAACCCUCAUCACUCUCCCAGUGUGCCUCCUUAUUUUUUAGCUCCCACGCUGAAUGAACAUGUGGCCUGCAGGAUAAUAGGAAAUUCAGUCAAAUGAGAGAGCAGUGGAACAUGGAAUGUCCAGACAUUUCAAAUCAUUGUAACAUUCAAAUGAAGUGCUGUUUCACUCUGGAAAUGAAUAUCAAAUGAUUGUUUGGUAACAAAACACACAUUGUUUAGUUUUGAGUACUGUAACAUGUCAUCUCUACAUUUUCCACUAGGUUUCCUUUGGGUGGGCUGUACUGUACGUCUGUGUGAUAUAGGCUGGUGUUGUGGACUGCGAGCACCCCGGUGCACAACAGACUUUACUUACAAAACAUUCUUAGACUCUGUUUCGUAUAUGCAACAAUCAUUUAAGGAACACUGCCACAGCUUCCAAAACUACUUCUCCGGAUCUAUACUACCGGUAAUUACAUUUUAUAUACCCAAAGAGAAAAGAUAGAGAUGUUGAUUGGAUGUGAGCUUUUGGCUUGUUUACAUGGGCUUUUAAGCAACCCUGAAAGGUUAAGUGUCUCUGUGGACAGCACCCAUGCCCUGAAAGGUGGGUAUGUCGGUCAAGAUACAGCAAACUUGACUCAUUUCACUCCACUUUUUUUUUAACCGUCAAUGAAAUGUGUCAAAUAGAAAAUCGAAGCUUUUUUUUCGUUUUGUUUCUUUAAAGUGACACCUAAAAUUUUCUUUGUCUGAAGUUUGCGUAAAGGUAACAAAUGUAUGUCAGUGACAUCGAGCGUUACAUCUUUCAGUCCGAAAAAAAUGCGAAUUUAUCAUUUUAUAGUUACCUUUUCUUCACACUGAAGAUUACCUUAGCGACAUUCUACUACUAAUUUCUAUAUUUCAGUAUAAAAUCUUGUGUAGUUGUCCUGGAGAGUGAUGGCGCCAGUUUUGAGCAAUCAUCCAUGAUUGGCAAUUAAGAGGCAUCGUAGUACAUAUAUGUAUGUAUUGUUGAAUUUUUGUGUCUCUGUUUAUGUUCAAAAUGUGUCAAUCAGCUUAAAUCAGCAAAAUCACAUCAGAAAAAAACACAUGAAAUUUUCAUUAGUUAUGGAGUCAAUCCUCCAGCUUCUUGUCUCCGUAUUUGCAUGGCAGCCAGUAGAUGUUUGUGCUUCACUUCGGCUCACACGGGCCAUGAUAAUUCCAUUCUUUGGGUUGGUUUUUGAAAAGAGAUUUUCUUAGUGUUUAAACUGGCAGAACCAGAAUCCAAAAUGUGGGUUUCCUUUUCAUGUUGCAUUCUUAAGGACAACAAUAAGAACGGUUAACCGGUUUGGUUUGACGUAAAGAAGGCACUCUAAGACCUUUCAUGUCCGUUUACUGGCCAAGUCCUGGUCGAUUUGACCACAACAAAGCAAUAUUAACAAAAUGUGAUUCCUCUUUCCAAACCUCACCCAAUGUUUCGAUUAAAUGGCAAUAUCCUCUAUUUUCUUUCCCAAAAUUGUGAAACUUGAUGUAAAUUCUGGUAUAAGAUACUAUCUUAGAAGAGGUCUAUCUUAGGUUGUGUCCAAGAGAUGAGCACGAUUUCUAAAAUGAGAUACUUUAUUUGUGUACAAUCAAAUGUUUUCUAGGCUGAAUUGUGCUGUACUGAAUGAAUGAUUGCACAAAAGGUAUUUAUGAUGAUAAAAGAAGUUGUGUAAUAGAUUUAUGUGAUACUCUGCUUUCGUUUGUCACUGACCUGAAAAUCCCACCCCACCCCAAGGUGGCAAAAUUAAAACUACACAUUUUCAAAU